AUGCAAUGGUAGAAAGCGAAGGUCACGAAUAUAUACUGUCAUUGUGACCUACGUGGUAAAAGUGCCAGAAAUUUCAUAAUCGAGGGUGUUUUAUUUAUGAAAAUUUAUAAAAAUUAUUGCUAAAAUUAGUUUAUUCAAAACCAGACCAUAUUUAUUACCAUUUUAAGGCAAUAUUUGCUAUCAUGACCAAGGCAAUACUUUACUCUUAUUGGCGGAGUUCCUGCUCUUGGAGAGUGCGAAUAGGAUUACAUUUAAAAGAAAUCCCAUAUGAAAUGAGAACAGUAGACAUCCUUAAACCCGAUGGAGAACAACACACUUCUGAAUUCCGCAAAAUAAAUCCCAUGUCAAAAGUACCUGCACUCCACAUCGACAAUCGGACUCUAAUCGAAUCUAGCUAUUGUAAACUGAAGAUGAGCAUUUUACAAUAUUUGGAAGAAACUAGACCCCAAAAUCCGCUAAUGCCUAAAGAUCUAAGGGAAAGGAUAAGAGUUAGAGAAAUUUGUGAAGUUAUCGUAUCUGGAAUUCAGCCCUUACAAAAUAUUGGUUUAAAAGAACACGUAGGGGACGAAAAUUGGUUAAAUUGGACACAGCUGUGGAUAAAUAAAGGAUUUACAGCUCUCGAAGAUAUAAUUUCAACUACCGGAAAAGAAUAUUGCGUUGGCGAUAAUAUCACUUUAGCAGAUUGUUGUCUAGUACCUCAAGUGUACAACGCUAAAAAUUAUCGUGUAAAUAUGAGUCUGUAUCCCUCAAUUUCCCGGAUAAACAAAAAUUUAGAAAAUCAUCCUGCCUUUCUGGCCACCCAUCCUAAUAAUCAACCCGGCUCUCCAAAAACAAAUUAACUCUUUUUAAUUUCAGGAGUAAAAUAUUGUUCAAUAA